UCGCCAGUGAGUGGAGACAUCCAAGAUUGUUUGGAAAUACUGAAAGAAAAGUGCCUUCACUUGAGCAGAGAGGAGUAAUUGCCGCUUUGUGAUGACUGAUAAUUUUCUCUAAUGCAAUGGCAUGGACGAAAAUAAGGAAAAAUUUCUGUCGCUGAUGGCAAAAUAAGAAAGAAGCAAGCAACGGAUUAAGGGCUGCAGAGCAAAAGAUGGACCCCUGUGAAGAUCUGGAAGUGUCCAGCGGUAAAUCUCAUCACUCCAGGGGGAAUGAACCUAAUGAACUUGAAGGACCACAGGUCAGAGGUACGGAGGCCCUGGGGAAAGAAUCUGAUGAGAUGUGGAGCCAGAAAUACCAACUUCCGAGCAAAUACCUGGAGAGCAGCCACAGUGAACAGCAAGAUCGAAACAGAGUUUCUGAAGAGCUUGUAAUGGUUGUUCAAGAAAUGAAAAAAUACUUCCCAUCAGAGAGACACAAGAAACCAAGCACUCUAGAUGCCCUCAACUAUGCGCUGCGCUGUGUACACAGUGUGCAAGCAAACAGUGAGUUUUUCCAGAUUCUCAGUCAAAAUGGAGCACCUGAAGCAGAUGUGACCACCUACAGUCUUGAGGAGCUGGCCACUAUUGCUUCAGAACACACUUUCAAAAACACAGAUACCUUUGUGGCAGUUUUUUCAUUUCUGUCUGGAAAGUUAGUGCACAUUUCUGAACAGGCUACCUCGAUCCUGGGUUGUAAGAAAGAUUUCUUGGCGUCCUCUCAUUUUGUUGAACUGCUCGCCCCUCAAGAUGUAAGGGUGUUCUACACACAUACUGCCCACACUCAGCUUCCCUUCUGGAACAACUGGACCCAAAGAGCGUCCCCGUACACUCCAGUGAAAUCCUUCUUCUGUAGGAUCCGUGGAGGUGAAGACAGACAGCAAGAGAAGCACUACUACCCGUUCCGGAUUAUCCCCUAUUUGAUUCAUGUACGUGGCUCUGCCGGACCAGAAUCCGAACCCUGCUGUCUCACUCUGGCUGAGAAGAUUCAUUCUGGUUAUGAAGCUCCUCGAAUCCCAGUGGAUAAAAGAAUUUUUACCACAACACACACUCCAGGGUGUGUUUUUCUAGAAAUAGACGAAAGAGCCGUGCCUUUGCUGGGAUACCUGCCUCAGGACCUGGUUGGAAUGUCUAUCUUGACCUAUUUGCACCCAGAAGACCGUUCUCUGAUGGUCGCCAUCCACCAAAAAGUCUUGAAGUAUGCAGGCCAUCCUCCCUUUGAACAUUCACCCAUUAGAUUCUGUACGCAAAAUGGAGAUUACAUCGUCCUGGAUUCCAGUUGGUCCAGCUUUGUGAACCCAUGGAGCCGGAAGGUUUCUUUUAUCAUCGGUCGGCAUAAAGUUCGAACGAGUCCACUCAAUGAGGAUGUUUUUGCUAACAGAAUAAAAAAGACGAACAAUAAUGACAAAGACAUAAUAGAAUUACAAGAACAAAUUCAUAAACUUCUCUUACAGCCAGUUCACGUGAGUGCGUCCAGUGGCUACGGGAGCCUGGGAAGCAGUGGGUCCCAGGAGCAUCACAUCAGCAUAGCGUCUUCCAGUGACUCCAGUGGGCAGUGCGUGGAGGACGGCCAGAAGGAACCGUUGACUUUGCAGCAGGUCUACGCCAAUGUAAACAAAAUAAAAAAUCUGGGUCAGCAGCUGUACAUUGAGUCAAUGACCAAAUCACCAAACAAGCAAGCGGUGGAGAGGCUCCCGGGACAGCUCGGUGGUGAGCAGAAAGCCUUUUCUUCCUGCCAGCCAUUGAAAAAUAAUAGCCCAUACUCUGAGUCGCGUGAAGAUUUGAGAAAAGAUCCGCACAGUCCAUCCUAUCAGCAAAUAAACUGUAUUGAUAGUGUUAUCAGAUACCUGAAGAGCUACAACAUUCCAGCUUUGAAAAGAAAAUGUAUAUCCUGCACAAAUACAACUUCAUCCUCAGAAGAAGACAGACAGAACCACAAGGCAGAUGAUGUCCAAGCAUUGCGAGCUGUUUCUCAGACCCCAGCCGUACGUAAACCAGAGAUGCCAACUCAUGGACGGCCCCCCAACGCUGAAGGAGGAGCUGCCCGGACCCUGCCGGCCAUCCUGAGCCUGGGCUCCGGCGUCAGCCAGUGCAGUUACUGCAGUACCAUUGUCCACGUCCCGCCCCCAGAGUCAGCAGAAGUCACUCUAGCAGAGGAUACCACCCCAGCCUGUGAGCCCUGGGCCCCCAGCACACACCCAGCUCCCCUGAGCCCAGAAGAUUUUAAGCACGUUGGGCUCACCAAGGCUGUUCUGUCAGCCCACACACAGAAGGAAGAGCAGAAUUAUGUUGAUAAAUUCCGGGAAAAGAUCUUGUCGUCACCCUACAGCUCCUGUCUUCAGCAAGAAAGCAGAAGCAAAGCUAAAUAUUCAUGUGUUCAAGGAGACUCUGCUUCCAAGCCGAGCAGAUCAGCUGGUUGCAAGAAGGGGAAGCACAGACGGAAAACACAGCCAGUGCCGUUGGACAGCCAUAGCGCCCAGGGGGCCUUCUGCCCCGCUGGUGGAGGAGAGGUCCAGAAUGUUCCGCCCUGGUGUCCAUCCCUGGCCUCCUCUCCUCACGCCCCCAGCCUGUCGUUCCCGGCAGCAGUGAUGGUUCCCAGCCAGGCGCCUUAUCUCGUACCAGCGUUUCCCCUCCCAGUUGUAACCUCUCUGGGUGGAGAACACACAGCCUCAGUAACCGCACUCGACUGCCUGCCCGUAUCCAGUGGUUUGCCGUCUUUUCCGGCUCUCCCUGAUCCUCACUUAGGUACUUUCAUGACCAUUUUCCUGCCUGACGCCCCUGUAUAUCCUCUCUCGACCCCAUCAUGCUCUCCAUAUCCAUUCUGGGAAGCACCAGGCUCUUCGGAAAUACCACCCUCAGUGUCAGCCGUGGCUCCAAACCUGGAAGUGCUGCCGUCAGUCAUCAGCCGAAGGCAAGCUGGGGACAAGUGGGAGAGCCAGAGUGGAGAGCACGCGUUCCUGAACUCCCGGAGCAGCUCACCGCUGCAGCUCAACUUACUGCGGGAGGACACGCCCAGGUCCUGCGAAUCUGCAGAUCAGAUGAGAAGGGACAUGUGCCCAGAGGCGGAGUGUCCGUGUGUGAUCGGCAACAGCGGGAAUAAGAACAGUCAUUCUACUGCCAGCGACCCGUCCACGGUGUCCCUUCUCAGGGCGUCUCCACCUGGGUCUGGUUCUGCAGCAUCAGGAAGCAGUGACAGCAGUGUCUACUUUGCUAGUAGCGAUUAUUCUUCUGAAAUCACCACAAAUGGGCAGCAAUCUCAGGAUGUACAGAAAAAAGAAGAAUUUCCCAAUUUAGCUGAAGAGUCCAUCUGGAGAAUGAUAAAACAAACACCUGAGUGCGUUCUAAUGACAUAUCAGGUACCUGAGAGAGCUAAAGAAAUUGUACUGAAAGAAGACCUAGAGAAGCUGGAAAGCAUGAGGCGGCAACAGCCCCAGUUUUCUCACGGACAAAGGGAGGAGCUGGCCAAGGUACAUCCUUGGAUUCAGAGCCAGACUAUCCCUCAGGAGAUAGACACCCAGAUGACAUUACAUCAAAUAACCUGCCUGCUCUGGUUCCUUUUUGGAGGGCUGUGUCACUUGCAAAGAGAAAGACUCAUCUGGUGCAGCUAUAGAAUCCCAUGGUCAGGACCCAGCAGAAGAUAGCAGUUGAAUGACUCUGAACUUGUACCUGGGGACCUGCCGGACAGCUGGACCUCUUGGUGUAUAUCUCUCUAAACCCCUGACUCUUAAAUGACCAUGACAUUAUCGUUGAAUGUGAAAGUUUUUCCCUUCUUGAUUUUUUAAGAGACACCAUUUUUCUGAAGCAGACAUUGUAUAUAGAAUCUUUAACUUGUACUUGUUCCUGACGUCUUAAGACGGUCCGUGAGCUCGUUUUGUAGUUUAGCUGUCUUCUCAAGGGACUGAAUGGCUUCUAAAAAGGUAUGUGUACAGCAAAACUUUAUUUCAGGUGUCACCCAAAAUGAAUUCUAAUUAGAAAUAGAGCUGGAAAGAGCCCCAAACCUUAGCUUCAUUAAUUUUGUUCUGUUGUUACAUAAGUCAUUUCCCCCAUUCGAGUACGUGAAGAAAUCCCACCUGCGGGCCACAUACUUUUCAUAAUGGUUUCAUAAAGUUAGUGUCUAGUCUUUGCACAGCUUGAUGCUUCCCCUCCAUACUGAAGAUCAAACAUUACAGUUUUCUUACAACAAACAGGAGUCACUUUACUGUUUACCAGUAUUAAAAUAGACUGCCCAUUGGUAUCCUGGAAAUACCUAGUUCUGAGGGUUGUAUUUUGACCUUUAUUCUUAUAGAUGCCUUUCCUUUUGAUUUUCCACUUUCCACUGAAAUCCUGGGUCUUAUCUUAAAAAUCAAUCAGCUUACAAGGAGCUUAUUCCUUGGAGAGUUUAAAGUAGCUUUUGCAUGUGUAAUUUUAAAACAAAAGAGCUUCUAACUCAACCAGUGGUAUUUCCCUUUUUAAUGUUUUUGUUUUUAAAAUAAUGAUUGUAAAAAGUUUCAAAAGUUUUGUAAAAAUUAAUACUGUUUUUAUUAAUCUAUGUUUAAAUGUGUGUAAACCAAAACUAACAGUUAACUUUUUCUUUCCAACCAAUUUACACAAAAAGGUCUCCGUCCCUGCCAGAGGUCUGAUUGGUACUGCCUUUGCUUUGCCCUUAAACAGGGGAAAACACUUCUUCCUCCUCUAAAGUUUUAUAGCUUUUUAUAAAAUGCAUCCUGAUAAUAAUUAGGAAAGUCGACCUUUUUAUCCAUGAUGACUGCUGGGCCCUGAUUCUCGAUCCCCACAGCUUAGAUUUUCUUUCGAAAGUAGUAGUUUCCUAGAAGGCAAUUCUGUCUUAAGGUGUCAGAACCAUUUUCAAAUGCUGCCUAUGACGUUUCUUGGAAUUUUCUAGUAUUAAGCAGUUCCAUGCAAAUAUUCCUGUUUUAUGAAUGGGAACUCUCACAUUUUACUCCAUCUUGAUUGUUAAAUGAUUUCUGAAGCCCUUGUGUUGGCCGAGCUGUGUGGUAUUUUUGCCUUUGGUGAAAAAAAUCAAAUUUAAAAAAGUUAAUCAUCCUGGAAUAUUGUCCGUCAGUAUAAUCAUUGUGACCUUCUGUAGUGAUAAGAUUUUUAAUUUGUGUAAAUCAAAAAUGACAUGAGUCUAUCAGCGGAUCAUUCUGCAUUCGUGUAUGCGUAUUUGAAACCUUAUGUUCUCUAAUAAUAUAUGCCCUUCUUUUCCAUUCUUUCUGAAUGUUGAUCUAAAUCUGCUUACUUCUUGGCCUUAGUACACGUUUUAUGGAGUGUACACUAUACUAGGCUUGAUUUGAAACCGGUGCUUGUUUUAAGCAGAUUUCUAAAACCACUUACAAUUUCGUAUCUGGACAAGUAGAUGAGUUGGUGCGUUUCGAGCCUGGACCGUGACUCUCCCACUGCUGUGAGGGGAGGGGGCUCAGCACUGCCGCCCACCGCCCCCCAAGGGGGCUUGACCCACUUGUACACUUUGUUGUUCAAGUUUAUUAACUUUUUGUACUAAGGACUUUAGAAAUUGGUAAUAAGAAAUGUAUAUUAUAGGCAUCAAUGUUUACAUAUAUGUUACUCAAAAGGCUGCAUUUUCUUGGAUAAGAGGUCAGGAUUUAUGAAAAACAAUGCUGUGUGAAUGGCAUCAUUCAGCAAUUAAGUGAAACUUCACGAUGAUUCAUUAGGUAAAUUUAAUGCAAAUUGAAAUUUUGUUUCAACUGAAUUUAAAAUUAGCUGUGUGAAUUUGCUUGUUUUUAAUGGUUAUUAAUAUUUUAAUUGGGUAU